AUGCAGAAACAAACGGGCGUUUGCGUCCUCCUCGGAGGGAACGCACCGCAGCGCGGUCCCCGCAAGCGCGGAGGCGCUCGGCUGCACGCCGAGGAGGGCGAACAAGGUUGCGCUAGUCCACGGCCAGGGGAUGCGCUGCCCACCGCUCAGGGCGUUUGCGAAGAAAGCACCGGCACGCCACUCGCCUUCCAGGAACAUGCUUCCGGGCCUUCUUCCACAAUCACGCCUGCGGCAGGAAGCUGGGACGCUCUGAGUGCGGGAACCGUUGCCCGCCUGCCUCCCACCGCCGCGGCGGCUUCGCGGUCGCCUUCCACCCUCUGUGGCGCGGAUGCGCGCGCGUUUCCAGACUCUCUUGUUCCCAAGGAUGUGCAUGCGCCCCAUCUGGACGAACUCAGUGGAGACUGCGCAACGGCGACAGCGGUCGAAGAACGCCGGCCAGCCUGUGGGGACAACCUCGCCGCCGAAGAGCGCCGGGGGAAGGAACCUCAAGUAGGGACUGUCGAAGCGAACGGCCGUGUGGAGCGUCUCUCGGGGAGCGCGAGUGGACCGCCCUCGGCGAGUAACCAGGCCGAUAGUUCUCAGGCGCGUCACCCCGCGGCCGCUUCCGACCCAGUGUCAAGUCGCCUGGCGUCAGCGCAGCCUUCUUUCUCGCUUCGGCACGCGCUGUCGCUACCCCAGCCGCUUGGCCCCUCUUCAGACGCGCUUGAGUCUACGGACACGACCCCGACGUCGUCGUUUUCGCCCGCGUCCCUCUCUCGCCUCGCCGGAGUCUCUCCGAAGUCCGUGCCGUGUGCGAGCCUCGCGCCGGAGCAGCAGUUGGCCGUGGCGACGGAGAGCCGCGCUGGCGGCUGCCGGAGCGCCGAGCCUCCCACGCUCGAUCCCUCGACAGUAAACGUCGACGUCCGUUCCGUCUUUCUAACCACCCUGGAUGGCGCCUCUCCAUUUGAAAGCCCGCUCCGGGACUGCUCUCAGGGCUCCAGCUACACCCGAGCCUCUUCGACGCUUUCGCUCUCUCCCGAGUCCGCCGCGAAGCGCCGCAAAACGAACAACGAGAACUCGACGUGCCUGUCGGGGAACUUGUCACCUGGCGCCUUGCUGAAUAUGCUGGCUUUGUCCCUUGCGCCAGGCUCUUCGCCUGUCUCUAACCCCCAGGAGUCGGCUGUCCCCGGCGCGUCUGGAGACAGUCCCGCCGGCAGCCUUGCUUCUCUGUCUUCUCCCGCUCCCCCUUCGCGUUCCGCUCUUGAUUCGGCGGGAGCGCCCGCCGAGUCGCUGUCUGCGGUUCACCAGUUGGAGGCCGCCCUGCUCGCGUCUGCGUCCGCGGCUCUGCCAACCCGCCUGUCCCCGGAGGCGUCGUUUGGCGCGUCUCUACUCUUGAACUGUCUCCCCGGUUCGCUGGUCCCUCCCGUUCCUGCAGCGCCGCUCGGCUCGCCGAAGCCUGUCUCGGGUGACCCGAGGGAUCGCGAUUCGACUCUCGAUGUGGCAGCGGCGCUCGCGCUCGUCCAGAAUCCAGGGUUGCUCGCGGACUUGCGCCGUGGCCCCGGAAACGCGGCCGAGCGGUUUCCGCCGCGCCCAGCGCCGCGACAGGACGUGCCCCAGACCGGCCUCGGACCGUCAGCGCAUACCCCGGAGGCGGCGGGAGGCAGCCGGCCGGCCGAUCUCGACACCGUCCAGCGCGGCCGAGGAAGCAGAGGCCGACAAAACGAGAAAGGGCGCUCCCGCGGCGCGAGCAGGGGGGUUGCCGUCGCAGCUGGAGGCGCGCCGGCGGAAGAUUUCGCGGCCCGAGCACGCCAGUGCGAACAUGUCCCCGGAGUGUGCUUUGACCGGUGGAACCAGGGUUGGAUCGCCACGUGGCGGGAGCAGCGCCACCCUGUCCACAAACAUUUUUCCGCGAAGAAGUACGGCUUCGAGAGAGCGCGGGCGCUCGCGAUUGAACACCGCCGCCUCAUGGUCUCCAGGCACCGGCAAAACGGCGAAUCGGGCGGAGGCGCCGUUCCGGGGGCGAGUCCCGCCGGGGCGCGGCCGCGCGACAGUGUCCACAUGCCCAGCUCCGAGGGAAACGCGACCGGAAGCCGCGCGAUGGCCAGUCCGCAAGUCCCAGAUGGGAGCCCCUCGGGCGGCUGCCGAGCGGACGGAGCGGCCGGACCGGUCGGGUGUACAGACACCGCAGGCGAGGCGCCAGGCGAACCUGCGAGACGACCGAAAUUCGGAUGCCCGAGAGCCGCGACUGCUGCCGCCGGAGGGCGACGGCCGUGCCUCGGGGAGAAAGCGGGGAAACGCGAGAUGAGUUGGGCGGAACUCGUGGCGAGUAUGCCCAGGGUGGAACGCGUCAGUUUCGACUUCACCAACCAAAGCUGGAUUGCCCAGUGGAAACAACAGGGCUGCACGACGUACCGGCGGUUUUCUGUGUCCAAGUUCGGGUUCUUCGGAGCCCACCACCUCGCAGUCGAAUUCAAGCGGCAGAACUACCGCCAGCUUCCCUCGCAGAAGACCACGCUUCCCGACAGUCCCGCGCCGCUCGCGGCGGUGUCUCCGCACCCAGGUUGCGAGGCCGUCGCGGAUGAGAAAGCGAGUUCCGGGCGAGCUGGCGGCUCGGCGAAGCGUGCGCUGUCCCACUGCGAGCGCGGUCGAAGACUCCCACGAGGGGCGUCUUUCCAGCGCGCCGCGAGUCUGACAAGCGAGGCGGGCCAGAACGGCAAAGGCCCGAUUCCUGCCUUGGGUGGCGUGGCGAACGCAUGCAGUGGAGCGCCUACGCCUGCAUGCAGUCCCCUUCAGUGUGUAGGAGCGUCGAAACCGGUCGCUUCCGCAGGGAGCGGCGAGGGAGAGGAUCUCCGAGGCCUCGGUUUCCCGUCCCUCGCUUCGCUUCCCGCCUGCUCACUCUUUGGGCUCUCUCCCUCUGCCUUCUCCCAGGUUCUCUCUCCUCUGCUCGGCGACGGCGUCUCGGGAACUCGAGAGGCGCCGGCGCAAAACUCUGGACUCGAGGUGGAGAGUUCCCUGGAGGCUGGCAGCACAAAGGCGCCGAGUGGUGCACUCUCGCCCGUCCUCGACAACGGUCAGAUGUGUGCAGGAGGGGUUCCCUGCCCGUUCGUCCCGGCGCCUUCCCCAACUGAGGCCACGACGCGCGUCGCGACAGACGCUUCGUCCUCUUCUGCAUGCCUGCCUCUGGGUGUUCUCGGAGCUGGGUCGGGGGGACAGGGAGACGCCUCUCUCGCUGUUCUCACCAGCAAACUCCGCGCCCUUCCUGCGCCGACCGCCGACGCCCCCAGCGACAGCCAGCGCGCCCAUCCACGGCUCCUGUCCGCACUCCUCUCGUCCUCGCCGUCGUUCGCGUUUGCGCUUUCUGGAGAGAGUGGCGCGGCACAGCGAGGCCAAGGGGACGAGACCGGGGGUUCAGCUUCCCCCUUCGCCCCAGAGAAGCCCGACGCGCCGGGGGAGAGAGCAGAGACCUCUGACCCGCAGGCGUGGCGCCCCGCCGAGGAACCAACCGUCUCUUUCACCGCGUCGGCUCCAGCUGUGCAUACAUCUGCGCUGGAGGAACGAGGCAAGUCGCAAGGAGGUCCAGGUGGAGCCGCCCGCGUUGCGAGCGUGACGACGACAACCUCGCCGCACGACGAAGAGUCGAGCGCGUCGCCUGGCUGGCUGGGCACUUCCAACGCCUUCGCCUUCACAGACGCUGUCCAGGCGGGCGCGCCUCGGCCCUCCACUGGCCGCGUCUCUCCCGCAUCGGCUGCGCCUGCUGAGGCGCAUGCACUCCCCUCUGCGCCGAUCAACGCAGACUGCCCCGCAGCUGGGGCCCUGCCUCUGUACAAGUUUGCCCUCUGCUGCAUGCUCGCCGAUCUGAAGACAAACUGCCUGGGCAGCGUCUUCUCGGCUCUCUCUCAGACGCCCUCGCCCCCUGCCUCGCUCUGGACUGCGCCGUACCUCGACCUGUUGGACGUCCACACCAAGCGCGUCACGGAGGCGGCGGAUCUCAAGCAGCUGGCCGCCUACGGCAGCGUCUUUGACGGAUUUCUGAAGGCUUCGGUUCUCCCGAGCGCAUGCGCCGCCACGGUGCAAGCGAAGCUUCUGCAUGCGCUGGCGACGAUGGAUCUCCCGAGGAGCGGCCAGAAACCGCGCGCCCCAGAAGUCUUGUCAAGCAGAGCAGAGAAGGCGUGA